CCAAAUGUACACCACCCCAUCCAAAAUGAGUGGCUAUGGAAGGAAAUGUACAUUUGGGGUAUACCCCUAGCAUUUCCCAUAGGUAAUAUUGAGGUGUGCAUUGAACAAAUUUUUGUGAAAUGGAUGGAUGUAACCAUUUUUGGGAUGAAUAUUUGAGAAAAAGUCAUUUAUUGAAAUUUACUAUCGUAAUGCCCCUCACGGCGAGGAAUUCACUUUGAAGGCAAAUCUUCUGUAAAUCCAUUUCUGUCAAUUUCUUCACUAAUUCUGCGUUUAUUGAGGAGGAGUUUGAAUUUCAUGGGGAAGCCUAAGGAUUCUGGUGGGAAGGGCAAGGGGAAACAGGCAGCAGGUGGAGGUGAAGACAGUACUUCAAAGGGUAAAGGAAAAGGCGGAAAGGGAGAUGGCCUAGGGACCUGCACUUAUGUUAAAGCUAGGCAUAUUUUAUGUGAGAAGCAAGGUAAGAUCAAUGAAGCAUACAAGAAGCUGCAGGAUGGCUGGCUUGACAAUGGGGACAAGGUUCCUCCAGCUGAGUUUGCCAAGCUAGCAGCAGAGUAUUCAGAAUGUCCUUCAGGGAAGAAAGGUGGUGACCUAGGGUGGUUUCCUCGCGGCAAGAUGGCGGGUCCCUUUCAGGAAGUUGCGUUCAACACACUCAUCGGAGCCACCAGUCCCCCGUUUAAAUCUACACAUGGGUACCACAUUAUCUUGUGCGAAGGGAGGAAGAACUGAACCGGGACACCCCCCCCCACCAUUGGCAAAUCCUAUGAUCCUUGUGUUUGAGACUUUGAGCAUGUCAUACUAUAUGCAUCAACAUGGUGAAUAAAAUUGUGGACAUCUUCAAUGUAAUGAUGGUUUUGUAUUUCACUCAUUAUUCGUUUUGAUACCGGCUUUGAAUGUCAUAUUAUGACCCCUGCAGUGUCUUCUUGGAAUCGCCAAAAUAUUACAGUGUCACUCUAACGUUUUGGCGAUUCUGGAUAGGGGUAAUUGAAAGGGUUUAUGGGAGUAGAACUCGCACUCAGAUGGCUCAGUGUUAUAUUAUCAUAUUAUGUUCAAUUUGCGUUUAUUGUCAUUUGAGCUUAGACAAAAAAAAACUCAUUAUUACAAUGCUUUUGCUUCAGGUAAAUAAUGAACUAAAUGGAAAAUG